AAUAUAUUGUGAAAUGAGACAUUGAAGAUAAAAUGUAUUGAUCUGGUAAUAUGUUCAACAACAAGUAUAUGAUACAUAUCGGUCAGUAAUCCAGUAGCAAUACUAUGUUUAAUUAAUUAAUUGUGUUUAUUUUUCAUGUAGGCUUUCGAUACUUAUUUAUCAACUACUUGUUUUACCAAUGAGAUCCUCGAGAUGGCGCCAAUGAUCAACUAUUCGCAAGAUUGGUAGUUUUGUUUUUUCCUUAACCUAUGAUUCCACUGUGACGUACUUCCUGGGAUUUGCAGACCAUAAUUACAUCGUGAGGGUAUCGUGUUGUCUUGUUGCAGAAAUUAAAUUAGUUGAACAUUUGAAACUCAUGGUGUCCUCUUGCAGCACGGGGGAAGUCUGUAGCAAGGAAUAACUAUGGGACUGAAUGAUAAAACUGCCGAAAGUUUGUCACAACCUCUAUGGUUAGUGAUAUGAGCUGUUGGAGUGUGGGAGGUUGUUGGUUGAACUGACGUUGGGUCCAGUGGAUCCACAGGAAUGCGUGCAAACUAGAGGUAUCAUCCUCCUCAUCAUUUCCAGCAUCACACAAACUGUCAAGUUAACGUUGGGAACCACACAGGAAGAGGCUGGAGUACCGUCUGAAAUAUGAUACAUUUGCCGGGGAUCCACUCUUUCGAGAGAUAACUGGACAUGACAGCCUUGUUACUAAACUGUCAACGCCUCUGCUCGUAGGGGAGCCCCGGGGCAAUCGCGACUUGUUUGCAAGGAGGAUAACCGUUCUCCGUCGGGGAAAAUCAAGGUAAGGAUAGAAACCCGCCGUCAACUAUAACGCAGUUUAAAUAUCGUAUAUCAAUAGGAUGUCGAAUUGCUUGCAAUUUGAUGCACGCUAGAUAAAGUGUCAUACUCGUAGAGCUACGGGAUCACUAGAUCAAACUUUAUUUGUCAGGAAAGCUAAUAUAGUGUAUUAGUACUUUCUUACUUCUUAACUUGGUUUUAAACAGGACGAGUAAUGAAGAAGUAGAAGUCUUCAUGCGAAAGAGUUUAGUGAGAUCCGGGAGAAUGAGAUGUGGUGAGCGGUUGAGCCUUUACUCUCAUGUCGUCUCAGCCAGGUUUCAGGGGUGGUGUUUGUGUUUCAACUUUCCGAGUUGAAGUGCCAACAUUACGUCUGCUUACUAAAAACAAGUUAAGGUAGCAGAUCGUUUUUUAAAGGGGCUGCAUUUCGUAAACGAUCACAAGAGGAAAACAGUACUGCCGCUAGAAUAGACUCUUGGGUUUGCAGAGUAGGAUUAUUUCGAUUGAAGAGAGAACAUUUGUCACCUGGCGAUAUGGCUAUGGAUCAUGGCUUGCCUUAACGAGUUUGCGCUUAUCCACGAGUUCUUGUCAAGCUGGCUCUUCUAUCAAUCGGAUCAAGUCUUACAACGAGAUUAGCCUAGUUAGUGCGCUCAAAGCAGAAUUCGUCUCAUUUCCUCCCUGCGAAGUAUUCAUCUGCUCCAUGCCUUGAGCUGUCACCGCCACGCGUCUGUGAGAUUCCUGUCGGUGCACCGAGAAGAGAGCGUAGUGAAGGUGUGUAGGAAAGCUAUCUCGUAACGACCUUCGUUCGCCUCGGUCCUGCGUGUAGUUGUCCAUAGAGGCCUGCAGGGGUCGAGCUCGAGCAGCCUCUGACCCCCCUCCCCCCCUCCCUCCGGCUGUCAGAGACCCAGCCCCCCUGUUCAUGGAUGCCCGGCUGGGCCUGCUGCACACUGGGGCUCUGCUGCUCCUCCUCCACCUCCCCCUAAAGACCCUGGGGGCCCACAGAGCCACUGUCGCUGCCUCCUCCUCCACCGCCGCUGGCACCUACUCCAACUCCUGGGCCGUGCACAUCACCGGGGGCGCCCACGAGGCCGAGCGGAUCGCUAGGAAACACGGUUUCGUCAACCAUGGCAACGUCUUUGGUGAUUACUACCACUUCCAGCAUCACUCUGUGGUGAAGAGAUCUCUCUCUGCUCACCAGGGACUUCAUGUUCGGCUGCGAUCUGAACCACAGGUACUGUGGCUGGAGCAGCAGGUGGUGAAGCAGAGGCGACGCAGGGAGGUGUUUACUGAGCCCUCUGACCCGAAGUUCUCCCAGCAGUGGUACCUGUCUAACCCGAGCCACCGCGACCUGAACGUGAAGGAGGCGUGGGCACAGGGCUACACUGGGAAGGGCGUAGUGGUCACCAUCCUGGACGAUGGCAUUGAGAAGGACCAUCCUGACCUGGCCAAGAACUACGAUCCAGAGGCCAGUUAUGAUGUGAAUGACAAAGACCCGGAUCCACAGCCUCGUUAUACACAGCUCAAUGACAACAGACAUGGGACACGCUGCGCAGGGGAGGUGGCCGCUGUCGCCAGCAACGGCAUCUGUGGUGUGGGCGUGGCUUACAACGCCAAGAUUGGAGGUGUGCGUAUGCUGGACGGGGAGGUGACGGAUGUGGUGGAGGCGCAUUCUCUGAGUCUGAACAACCAGCACAUCAACAUCUAUAGCGCCAGCUGGGGGCCGGAGGACGACGGCAAGACAGUGGACGGCCCCGCCAAGCUCGCCACGGAGGCUUUUCAGAGAGGGGUCGCAGAGGGCCGUGGCGGGCUGGGCUCCAUCUUUGUGUGGGCGUCGGGGAAUGGUGGUCGGGAGAGAGACAGCUGUAACUGCGACGGCUACACCAACAGCAUCUACACCCUGUCCAUCAGCAGCACCACCCAGAUGGGCCGAGUGCCCUGGUACAGCGAAGCCUGCUCCUCCACCCUGGCCACCACGUACAGCAGCGGAGGAACAGACGAGAAACAGAUAGUGACGACAGAUUUGCAUCAGAAGUGUACUGACUCCCACACAGGCACCUCAGCCUCUGCUCCGCUGGCUGCUGGAGUCAUCGCACUCGCUCUGGAGGCCAAUAUGAACCUGACUUGGAGGGACAUGCAGCACCUGGUGGUGCACACCUCACAACCCGCCCACCUCAUCGCCAAUGACUGGAGGACCAAUGGGGUCGGCCGCAGAGUGAGCCAUUCGUAUGGCUACGGGCUGCUGGAUGCCAGUGCCAUUGUGGCUCUGGCUCAGAACUGGACCAGCAUUGGACCCCAGCACCAGUGCACCAUUCACCUGCUGUCUGAGUCCAGGGAGUUCCAGGCGCCGCUGGUGUUCAGUAAGAGUGUGGACGCAUGCUCAGGGCAGGCUGAGUUUGUGAGCUCCCUGGAGCACGUUCAGGCACGCCUCACUCUCUCCUACAAGCACAGAGGCAACCUGGCCAUCCAUCUCAUCAGCCCACUGGGGACCCGCUCCACACUGCUGCAUCCCAGGCCCCAGGACACGUCCUCUGAGGGCUUUAAGGACUGGGCUUUCAUGACUACACACUGCUGGGACGAGGACCCCCGUGGGGAGUGGACCAUGGAGAUCCAGGAUGCCUCAGGACUCAGUAACUAUGGUAUGCUGUCUCAGCUCACCCUGGUUCUGUAUGGUAGUGGUUCUAGUGCUGCUGACCCGGCCGUGUCUGAGCUCAGUCGCCCGUCCAACAACAGCUGCAAGACCUUCGACCCGCAGCAGAUCUGCAUCGAGUGCAGCCCAGGCUUCUCGCUCUUCCUGCAGGGCUGUGUGAAGGUGUGUCCACCGGGCUUCAGCUCAGGCCUGCAGCAGCUCAACCUGUCGCUGGAAAGCUGGGUGGAGCAGUCGUCGGUGCAGGCCUGCCUGCCCUGCCACCCGUCCUGCCUUACCUGCUCCGGCCCCGGCCCCUCCGACUGCUUCUCCUGCCCCACGCACAGCCACCUGCUCCUGGGCUCCUGCCUCAACCAGAGCCCCAUCCAGCGCAAGUCCCCCAGCGGCCCGGCGUCACCUCUAGUGGAAGAGGAGGGGGAGGUGGUGGAGGAAGGAGUCGGGAGAGGGCAGGUGGUGCCGAUCCCUCCCAAGCCGCCCAAUCACCUGCCCGUUCUGGUGGGUGUGCUCAGCUGUGCCUUCAUACUGGCCACCAUCGCCGGCGUCUUCCUGCUGCUGCAGUCGCGCUCCUCUAGUGCGCCCUGUGGCCGGAGGACUAAAUUGCCCUCCCUGGCAUCGGCGGGGGAGGGCCUUCGCGCCGGUCUGGGGUUGGGGGGGCGAGACAGGGGGGCGAGGGUGUCCUACAGGGGUAUUCCCACUGUGUGGGUGGACGAGGAGCUGGCCGAUGGCUCAGAGUCGGAGAACGAGGAAUUCGACUGCCAGAGCGAGAGGAUGGCCUUCAUCAGGACUCAGAGCUCUCUGUAGCACGCUGCACUCUGCCUCACACCCUCCUCACCCUCACCCUCACAUGUGCGCCGCACACCUCUCAAAGUCUCCCCCUUAGAUUCUGACCCUCUGCCAUCUCCCACUGAGUCUCUCUGUUUCAUCCAAAUGCACUCUCUUUCUAUCUCUUUCUCUCUCUCUCUCUUCCCUUCUAGCUUGUUCUGUGUCUGUGUGUUGUGGAUGAGCAGAGAGGGAGGAGGCUGGGAGAAUGGAGAGGUCUGACCUGACAAUGCUGGGUCUCUGUCAGCAGCAGGGCGGUUACCGCCCUCAGAUGGAUAUCCUUGGGGGGCACGCAAAGCUCAGUAGCAGGUGUGAGUGUAUGUGAUGGAGGAAGAGAGAGAGAGAGAGAGAGAGGGAAGGCGAGAAGGAGCACGACCUACGCUGAAUGUUUGAUCAGACGAGCUUCUCUGUGGCCUCAAUUUCCUCGUUUUUACUCGCUGCGUUCUAUGCUUUAUGAGGGGUGUACACACAAGGAGGGCUUGUGUGUGAGUGCAGGUGUGUGUGUGUGUGUGUGUGUGUGUGUGUGUGUGUGUGUGUGUGUGUGUGUGUGUGUGUGGUUUUCUCAAGACUAAGAGAUGAACCCAAGGGCUGUAACCGUUUGCACUAGUUCAGAGAGUUCUUAGCGUUGAGGUUAUAUGCACAGCUGGCUGGGAGGUGCUCUGCUGUUCUUCCUGCUUUAGCCGUAUUCAAACACAGCCUACUACAUUCACAUUUCUUUUUGUUGGCUCCCGCCCAUGCCAUUUAAGGCUUGGAUUCUCUUAAUUAGAAAAACCUUGAGGCUUUAUUACAGUCAUUAUUGUCUCACCUUUCAGCAUCGUGUCGCAAGCCCAAUAGGUAUGCGGAGAGCAGGGUAUAAUUUAGUGAUUAUACUGUAUGUGUGCGUGUGUGUAAGUGCGUGUGUGUGUGUGUGUGUGUGUGUGUGGCUGCUGUGGGAUGAUAAACAGCGUAUGAUUCAUGAGAAGCAGUGGGAAGCAGCCUUAAAGGAUCAGUUGUUAGAUAGAGCGAACACACACACACACACACACACACACACACAGCUCAUCUCCCAAUUAUCCAAAACAAUGCAGUAGAAAAUUCCCCCUGCUUCUCCAGCUGAGUUUCAUUGUCUGAAAUGUGAGGUAUUUACAAGUGCUUUAAAGUUCGCUCUGUACAUCAACAGCAAUUUUUAGACAACCAAAUGUUUUUCUUUACUGUGGCUUUUUGCAAUUGCUUUCUCUAUAGCAUCUCACAGCACACACACUGAGAACAUUUUCUUCCUUUCUCUCCAAAGAUGCUGUAUUGAUUUUCAGGUUUGGAGCUAAAACAUGUCUGUGAGUUUAAUUGUGGCAUCAGAGAAGAGAGAGAGAGUGUGUGUGUCUGUGUGUGUGUGUGUGUCUGUGUGUCUGUGUAUUUUUCUAAAGGUCGAUGCAUAUCUCUUACGAUUGUAUCAUUGAGCACACAAGAGUAAAAAAAAUAAGAUCUGUAUUUUGUUUGUAGGUGGGUGGGGUGGGGUGGGGUUGGGGGCUAUUCCGAGUCACUACAAUGAGACAUGUUAGCACAAAGCAGCCUAUUUUAAGUGUAAUACCUUGGAUCUGUUUUUUUCUAGCUUUUACUCUAUUUAACUGAUGUUGAUACAAUGUAUAUUAAAUUAAUUGUUAAGAAACA